CGGAAGUUGGGCAAAUAUGAUGAUGAUCACAGAAAAAUAAAAAUUGUGAACCUGUUUGUCGACGGUAUACCAUCUAUAGUUAAAAGGGCGUGCUUGUCUGCUGCCUUAAUGUAAAGCCAGAGUAGUGGAAGGAUGGAAGACGAUCGACAAGAACAAAUCAACACUAAUGAGGCUGAUAUUACAAAAUUGAUAGCAAAAGACAAAACUGUACUGGGUAAAGGGGGACACGUACUGAGUGAUGGUCUGAAGAAGGGAGAAACCUCGCCUCUACACCGAGACAAGAAAGUCACCUCAGGGAAAGAUUUAGCCCAUUCUCGUGGAUUAAAGAUCAUCAUUGCAUCAUCUGUAGUCUUGGCUGUAUCGAUAACCAUUGCAUUGGUGCUAUAUAUUUAUUUAGGAAAACCUCAGGUGGGAGCUUCGGGAGCUGUAGCGUCUGAUGUUGGUAUUUGUUCUGACCUUGGCCUUGCCGUCCUAGAGAGGGGAGGUAAUGCAGUCGAUGCCACAGUUACAACACUUCUAUGUGCAGGAGUUGUCAACCCUCAUAAAUCGGGCAUUGGAGGGGGUGGGUUCAUAAUGGUAUAUGACCACAAAACAAAGUGGAGUGAUGUCAUCGAUUUUAGAGAAACAGCGCCAUCUGUUGCCAGGACAGACCUCUUCAAAGGAGACAGAACUUUGAUUGAAAGGGGCAUAUUUUCUGUUGGUGUUCCAGGAGAAUUGAAAGGACUAGAAUCUACUCACAAGAAAUAUGGAAAGCUUGCUUGGAGCUCCUUAGUAGACCCUGUUACUUCUCUGGCUAAAGAAGGAUUCAAAGUUACUAAGUCUAUGGAUGAAAUGUUUAAAAGUGGAAAACUGACAGCAAAUGACUUAAGUCCAAAUCUCCAGAAAUACUAUGUCAAAGAUGGCCGCUUUGUGACUCUGGGGACAAAGAUCAGACGGCCUGAUUUAGCAGAAAUUUUACAGGAGAUUUCAGACAAAGGUUCCUCUGCCAUAUACUAUGGGAAAUACACCAAAGAAAUCAUUGAUGCUCUGACCCCCUCCGGUACAUCAGGGAUCCGUGAGUGGAUGACAGAGGUGGAUCUAAAGAAAUACCAAGUGAAGCACAGGGACAAGGUCCAGACAACUUACCAUGAGAAUACCGUGAUGACAAUUCCUGCUCCUGGUGCUGGACUCUCCGUCUUGUCGGCCCUCAACAUGUUAGAGGAUUAUCCCUUGGUACGGAACAAUCCUGAGACGGUACAUAGGAUGAUAGAGGCUUUAAAAUUUGCCUGUGCACAGCAGCAUCAGUUAGGUGAUCCAGACUUUAACAAGGACAGGGUUGACAAUGUAACACAAGACAUGUUAAG